AUGACAGCAACCAACGGAUGCAACCACGAAGAGUGGGAUACCUAUUAUAAAUGGGAGCCUGGACUUGCAUCUUUCCAGCAGAAAGCCCAAGAAGACCAGAACCACAUGUUCCUCCAGAUCGAUCAGAAUGAUAUCUACGCGUCGCAAUGCCUUGUGAAGCUUGUCAAGAUCGACUCACUCGACAGGGUAUACGAUAUCAGAAGCGGAGUUACCGAUUAUGAUGAAUCCAUGCACUUUCUCAAACAAAUUAACUUCUACCAAGUCGUGGCCGAGCCGAGUGUCUGGCACCAUCAGACUGCCAUUUAUCAACUGUUGGUUGACCUGUGUGGGCAACUUGAAGAGUUGGUGUAUAUUGUUGAAAGUGCAUUUGAAUUUAGUCCCGAACAUGCUGAGCAGAUGAUCCUGAACAGCUACGUCAAGUGGCGCUGGCAUCUGUGCAAGGUGGUUAUUGAGGAUAUCAAAAAGCGAGUGGAUGAUCUGAGUAAAGAUUUUGGGUGUUGGGCCAGACAGAGCCCUGGAGAAUAUGGGGACAUCUUUCCUCCGAACCCCCUCGACCAGGAAAAUAAAACUGAUGCAUCGGAAGUGUCGGAGAUUCGAGGAUUGACCCACUUUGGGGCAGUAGCAAUGAAUUGA